AUGACGCAUUAUGACGCGGCCCAAGGGACAGCCAGCAAGCCAGGCGAUGAAGAAGCCGAGGAGCAAGCCGAGAAGGAAGAUGACCAGGAGACAGCCGAGGAUGAAACCGCGAACGAGGACGACAAAGAGACCGAGCUCGGUGAAGCAGGGGAAUGGCCCAGCAAAGACGACAAAGAGACCGAGCCGGGCAAUGGGGGCGGGGGCGCUGCUCCUACUUCGCCUGGUUCGGUCUCGUUGUCGCCUUCGUUGGGCCUUUCCCCUACUUCGCCGGAUGUACUUGAGGGCUACGAUGAGUGGUGCCGAUGUGGUCCUAUGAUGCCCUUCUGGGCAUCGUCUUCUUCUCCCUAG